UGCUCCUCCAGCUCAGAAGAAGACAGUCAACCCCCAAACCAUGCUGAGGGUCAUCACAGCACAGGAGCUGCUUUAGUAACCUGUAACACAAACAUUCGUCAUCAGGGAUCACCAGCGCUGACAGCUGUAUGAAGCAGAUUAAUAGGAGCCACAUGACUUGAAGUUGAGUGGCAUCAAUUCAGGCUGACCUUGUGAUUCUUUGACAUUCACUGCAGAAGGUGUUUCAGAGUUAGGAAGACUGAUUUUUCAGUUUUGGCUCCAAUUUGAGGCACCAUCAUGGACUUUGAGGCUUCAGGGGAGCUUUUGGAUGAGGACGUGGCAACCCAGUACAUGAUAGAGCAGAGCAUUCUACCAAAUGAGAAGCAGAUUGCUUUUAAGGAGAUCUUUUCUGAAGAUAAAUGCAGAAUAUUACACACCAGUCCAGAAAGGGACAAAAUCUCCAGUGCCAUCAAUCGAGGUGAUGAGGCAGCGCUCCGUAAACUCGCCGUUCAUAAGGAUGCUUUCUCUGAGGAGGACAAUACAGGGCAGAUUCCCUUACACGAGGCCGCCGCGCAGAACAACCAGUUCAUCCUGGAGAUCACCUUCAAAGAAUCUCCCACAGACGCUAAAUACAAUAAAACUCAUCGGGGUAAGACUCCCCUCUUCCUGGCUGUGGAGAAGGGUCUGUUGGAUAAUGCCUGCUACCUGCUGGAUAACGGGAGCAGUCCGGACUGCCUGGACGGAGAGGAGGACACGCCUCUAAUGCUUGCUAUACGAAACAACCACUAUGACAUGGUGAAGCUCCUACUGUUUUAUAACGUCCGUGUGAACCAGGAGGGGGCUAACCGCAGGACAGCCCUGCACGAGGCUGCCCGCCUGGGCCUGACUGACUUUGUGAACUUGCUGCUGAAGUCAGGAGCUUAUGCUGACCCCAGAAGUGCCUAUGGCCUCACCCCGCUGGCCCUGGCUGCACAGGCUGGACACCUGGAGAUAGUGCAGGCCCUGCUCCGCAAAGGGGCGGAUGUGAUGUCACAGGCUCAGGACAGUGCUACUAUCCUCUUUGAGGCGUCUGCAUCCGGAAACUCUAAUGUGAUUUCUCUGCUGCUGGAGUACGGAGCUGACGCUAACAUACCAAAACACACCGGCCACCUCCCCAUCCACAGAGUGGCACACCGCGGACAUGUGAAAGCUCUGUCUCUCCUGAUCCCGGUAACCACCUGGGAGGCCGUGGAUGACAGUGGGAUGAGUCCUCUCCACUCUGCGGCCGCUGGAGGACACAUCCAGUGCCUGGAGAUGUUGCUGAACGCCGGCUACGACCCCAACUUCAUGCUGUACUCCUGGGUGCGCCGCAACUACGACGACCAGCGCAAGUCGGCCCUGUACUUCGCCGUCUGUAACGAGGACCUGCGCUCCACCAGGUUGCUGCUGGAGGCCGGAGCCAUGCCCAACCAGGACCCAGUCAAGUGCCUGCAGGUGGCGCUGCGCCUGGGCAACUAUGAACUGAUAGACACUUUACUGAGGUACGGCGCCAACGUCAACUACUACUGCAGGGUGAACACCACCCAUUUCCCCUCCGCCCUGCAGUACGCUCUGAAGGAUGAGCUUCUGCUGAGGAUGCUCUUCAACUACGGGUAUGACGUGCACCGCUGCUUCGACUGCCAGUACGGAGAUGAGUCCCACGUGCCGGCCGAUUAUGAGGGCUGGUCCCCUUCUGUCAUCAAGGACAACUUGUUCUGUGAGGUGAUCACUGUCUACUGGCUGAAGCAUCUGGCCGGAAACAUUGUGCGCAUGAUGUUGGAUUAUGUCGACCAUGUCAUGUUCUGCUGCAAACUGAAGGCGGCCCUGAUGGAGCAGAAACAGUGGCCAGAGAUCUGUAGGAUUCAAGAGAACGCCCGCUGCUUGCAGCACCUGUGCCGGCUGAAGAUCAGGAGCUGUCUGGGCCGCCUGCGCCUCAGGGCUCCCGUCUUUAUGAGCUUCCUGCCUCUGCCAAACCGGCUGAAGGACUAUAUCUUAUACAAAGAGUACGACCUCUAUGGCCAGAAGUGUCAAGGUCAGUCUAAGUGACAUGAGUGGCUUCAGCUCUGGUCACAAUUAACAGUGUCAGGCAGGAACUGCUUUCUGUUCUUUGCCUUAGUGGAUUAGCCUAUCAACUGCUAUUAAUCAUCAUGGGGCAGUUUCCCAGACAUGGAAUAAGUCUAGUCUUGGACUAGUCUUGGAUUUUCCAAUAAAAGGACUAGGCUCAGUACCUGUCUGGGAAACUGCCUCCUUUUUUUUGAGUGCUGCACACAAAUCUUUAUGUAACAAAUUGUUACAGAGCUUUUUGUUAAAUUAAUAAUGACAAACAUGUAUGUAUUUGUAUGUUUUGUACUCCAAGUUGAUUAUCUGUAAUUAUAUCUAGGUAAUUCUAGAAAAUUCAUUAUUCAUUCUUUUGCAGAUUAAUAAAAAAUCUUAUAAUUUGUAA